UUUUGUGUCGAGGGCCGCCUGCAUGAAUACGGGGAAUCUGGCAAAGUGUCGAGUCUUCCUAUCUUCUCACACAUUGCAUUGGGGAAUUUGAUCAGAUUUCCGGAAUUUCUGAAGGGCUAUCCUUCGAGGAAUUCAUAACUGUUAAUGCAUCGCAGAAAGUGAGCUUGGAUGCGCUUUCGUCCCGACUGAAAAAUAAACUAGUGCAUGACUACAUGAAAAAGGAUGUUUAUCUGCUACGAUUUUUGCGAGAUUCGGAUUUUGAUGUGGAUGCAGCCGAAGCCAGACUUAUGAAUUUCAUUGACUGGAGGACAAGAAAUAAUAUCGAUAACGUGUUGAAAGAAGAGUUUCCAGAGUAUGAUGCGGAAUACAGAGUAAUUUGGGAGGGGUGUGACAAAGGCGGGAAUCCCGUUAUAUCAUUGCCGGUUGGGGACUGGGAUUUGAGAAGGGUCGUCAUCGCGGGAAAGUCGAAACGGUUUGUUCGCUACGUUAAAAAAAUACUGGAGGAAGGGACCGGAUUUUUGCGAUGGGGGCAAGAAGAGGGAUUUAACAUGACUCAGGCUACAAUUCUCUUUGAUCUCAAAGGGGUCAAUUUGGUGACGCACGUUUGUGGAGGAUGUAUCCCGAUGUACUUGGAACUUUUAAGUUUCUCACAAACGUACUACAGCGGAUUUGCUCACAAAAUUCACGUUUUAUAUGCGCCAGAUUUCUCCCUGUCAAUUUGGGACUUGUACAAAAACCUGUUGAGUUCCAGUAUUUCGAAAUUACUGGAAAUCCAUGGUACACAGAAGCACAUUUUUGCAAAAGAGCUGUCUCGCGACAUUGACCCGUCCCAGCUUACCCAGCGUUACGGCGGGAAAAAGUUAGAGGGCGUGGAUCUCAGUACGAUGCGUGCCAUCGGUCCUCCAGCAUUUCUAGCAAAUCCGUUCAGUUUGAGGUUGAGGGAGAAAAAUAUUACGGACUUUUGUGGCAUCGAUUGGCCCAAAAUUGAAAAGAUUAUUGCAGAAGUUGAACAUAACGCGUGAAAAAAUUAUAUGUAUGUAUAUGUAAAUCUCCUACCUAAUAUCUCUCGUCUAUCUAGGUACAUUAAAUUAAAUAUUUAUGCUAAUGUGUGUACACUAGCCUACGGUUGCGACUCAUAAAUACAUACCCGCAGAAAUCUAAAUAUGUACAAGGGUAGUAAAUAAAUUUAAUAAAACACUUUCCUUAAUUCAAAUUUCA